AUGGACUUUCAUACUACAUCGAGCCAUUCAAACUGGGUCGUACAAAAGUUCGGAGGUACUUCUGUCGGUAAGUUCCCUAUCCAAAUAGUGGAUGACAUUGUAAAAUACUACUCCAACCCUGACGGUGCCAACAAUGACGUCGCUGUUGUUUGUUCAGCCCGUUCCUCAUACACCAAGGCGGAAGGUACUACUUCUCGUCUCUUAAAAUGUUGUGAUUUAGCCUCGCAGGAAUCAGAGUUCCAAGAUAUUAUUGAAGUCAUCAGACAAGAUCAUAUAGAUAACGCUGAUCGUUUUAUUCUCAAUCCGGCCUUACAAACCAGGCUAGUCGACGAUACCAAUAAAGAAUUAGAACUAGUCAAGAAAUAUUUGAAUGCUUCAAAAGUUUUAGGUGAAGUUAGUUCACGUACUGUGGAUCUGGUUAUGUCUUGUGGGGAAAAGUUGAGUUGUCUGUUCAUCACUGCCUUAUGUAACGAUCGUGGUUGCAAGGCCAAAUAUGUGGAUUUAACCCAUAUCGUUCCUUCUGAUUUUAGUGCCAGCGCUCUAGACAAUAGUUUCUACACCUUCCUAGUCCAGGCAUUGAAGGAAAAGCUAGUACCUUUUGUAAGUGCUAAGGAACGUAUUGUUCCGGUCUUCACAGGAUUUUUUGGUUUGGUCCCCACGGGGCUUCUAAAUGGUGUCGGUCGUGGUUACACUGAUUUAUGUGCUGCUUUAAUCGCCGUCGCUUUGAAUGCUGACGAAUUACAGGUUUGGAAAGAAGUGGACGGUAUCUUUUCUGCCGAUCCUCGUAAGGUUCCUGAAGCACGUUUGUUGGAUAGUGUGACUCCAGAAGAAGCUUCUGAAUUAACAUAUUAUGGUUCUGAAGUUAUUCAUCCGUUCACAAUGGAGCAAGUUAUCAGAGCCAAGAUUCCUAUCAGAAUCAAAAAUGUUCAAAAUCCAUUAGGUAAUGGUACCAUUAUCUACCCAGAUAACAUAGCUAAGAAGGGUGAAUCUACCCCACCACAUCCUCCAGAGAACUUGUCUUCAUCCUUCUACGAAAAGAGGAAGAGAGGUGCCACUGCUAUUACCACCAAGAAUGACAUCUUCGUCAUCAACAUCCACUCUAAUAAGAAAACAUUAUCUCAUGGGUUCUUAGCUCAAAUAUUUACCAUUUUGGACAAAUUUAAAUUGGUCGUUGAUUUGAUCUCUACUUCAGAAGUUCAUGUUUCCAUGGCUUUACCCAUCCCAGACGCAGACUCACUAAAGUCCUUGAGACAAGCUGAAGAAAAAUUAAAAAUUUUAGGUUCUGUUGAUGUUACAAAGAAAUUAUCCAUUGUCUCAUUAGUUGGUAAACACAUGAAGCAAUACAUUGGUAUUGCUGGUACCAUGUUCACCACUCUGGCAGAAGAAGGUAUCAACAUUGAAAUGAUCUCCCAAGGUGCCAAUGAAAUCAAUAUAUCCUGCGUUAUUAACGAAACAGACUCUAUAAAAGCACUACAAUGUAUACAUGCGAAAUUGCUAGGUGGGCGGACAUCUACUCCAAGCCAAUUCGAACACGCCGUUGAUGAACGUUUAGAACAAUUGAAAAGGCUAGGAAUCUAA